UUUACCAAUUUGUAUAAUUUCACGACCACUCAUCGGAACUAGACCAAAACGGAAGUGGGUAUUUCCGAUGAGGUUGAUGAGGGAAUGUUACACAGCCGCUUAUGCCAAGAUUAUGGGUUGACACAAUAGUCAAUGAUACAAGCGGUCCCACAGGGGUCCUCAUAGGGUAAUGUUGUUUCCUCUUUUCGUAAAAGAAAAUUGGACAUAGCCAACAUGACUCUACUCAUUCUUGCAUAUGCGCAAACAUAUCUACGCAGAAGGCUAGCGCAAAGAGAAGACCAACGAGUUUACGCCUUUGGCACCGACAGAAGAGACCGUCAUCACUUUUGCGAUGAUGGGCUCAACUAUCAAUGCACCGGUCGACACACAACAAAGUUUAGACUAUAAAUCACAAUAAUACCCCUAAAACGGGAAAUAUUGUAACUUGUCAGACAGCCACUUGUACCCAUCCAAUCCAAACCCCUCCGAAAAGGUACAAUGAAAAGGAUAAAGAUCAUCGCUCCUUUAAUUGAAUAAAGGCAAAUAUAAGUAGAUGACCAGAUUGCAAAGAAUCACAGUCAAGCUAAAUAGUUUCUCACUUUGAGGGUACAAGGGUAAUCACACUCAUCAACCAAGUUGGAUUCAGUGGCUCUUUUGAAGAGUCAAAGAGGGACGUGACCUAUAGAAAUGAUCCUAUGAAGUACGUCGACAGA